GAAUAGGGUCGAGAUAGGCUACAAGAAUGGCCCUUCUUGAUCCAUAUCUCUAAACUCCCAAUCUCACAAGUUAUUCUAUAGUCAUAUCCACCACCCCAGUUCCAAUUACACUCACCUACCUUACCCUAUUUCACAUAUACAAUACCUCGUCCUUCUCAAACUACCAGACAAACACAACACGAAAAAAAUGCACUUCUCAAUGACCCUCCUCUCCAUCGCCGCCCUGGCCUUCUCUUCAGCGACAGUCCUCGCAAACCCCAUCGCCCAACCGGCAGCGGCGGCAGAAAAACUGAAGAACCGUAAUCCCCUUUCUGCAGAAGAGACCGAAGUCAUCAAGCGCGCCGCAGAGAUCCUGGAGACUCGUCAGGGAUGGACGUGUUCGUUCUUGGGCGGAGAUAAGGCGUGUCAGGUCAAG